UUUUAGCGUGUCUAAAGCGACAGAAACAUGUGAGAGACUGCAAAAACUUUACUGGACUGAAACUGGAGACCGCGGGAAACUUCACUUCACUCACGAGGAGAGAGUCUGUAUGGACCAGACACAACAACGACGCAGCUUUACGGUGCAAACAAACCGUUGGAACUUUACAUUUCUGACGCUGAAGGAUUUAAAAAUCUGGACGAAGCAAACCCAGGCAACGUAAAUGAAGUUUUAAAGAGCCGCUGGAUUCAGCAACAUCGACGAUACUACUCUGGUUUUUGCUAUUAACCUUGUUAAACGAUUCCUGAAGUGUUAUAAAUAAUACUGUGAGCGUUUUGUGGAUUAUUUCGUACAACUUUCGAGCGGAGGAGAACCUAUGACGUUAACGCCAUCGAUGGAGUGACACCUUUAUGUUAGCAUCACAGUCAAGUGCCUCAAAAAGGUGGGGUAUGUGUGAUGGUAUGUGAGUGUUUACCAUGGUACAGAAGAAACUCUGGCUUCUGAAUGUCAGCGUCGCGGUCGCCCUCUCUCUACUGCGUCUUUCUCUGAGCGCUGAGCCGGUGGUCCAGGGAAGGGUUGGGGGUUUUGCUGAGCUAGGCUGCAGUCUGACACCUCCAUCAGAAGGGGCCACCACCCCGAAUCUCUUCCCUUUGCAUGUGGUGGAGUGGGUCCGGCUGGGAUACAACGUCCCCAUCCUCAUCAAAUUCGGCAGCUAUACUCCACGAGUGCAUCCCAACUACAAGGGCCGUGUGUCACUGUCCCGCGGUGCAUCUCUUAUGGUGGAGAAAUUGACCCUUGAGGAUGAAGGCUGGUUUGAAUGUCGGAUUCUCCUGCUGGACCGAACCUCAGAUGAGUUUCAGAACGGCACCUGGAACUUCCUCUCCAUCACAGCUCCUCCGGUGUUCAUAAAGACUCCUCCUGCAUUCCUGGAGGUCCUGCUGGGUGAAUCUCUCACUCUCCACUGCGAUGCUCAUGGAAACCCCAAACCCACUAUCAUCUGGAGAAAAUAUCUCAGUGCCACUGAAAAACAAGAAGAAAUUCAGGUACUCAAUGAAACCUUGUCUUUAAGCAAGGUUACCAGGGAAACGGCUGGAAUAUACAAGUGUCACGUGUCCAACUCAGAAGGGAACCUCACCCACAGCACCCAGCUGCAGGUCAAAGGUCCUCCUAUUAUCAUCAUUGCCCCAGAGGACACCACCAUGAACAUGUCCCAGGAUGCAGUUCUGCAGUGCCAGGCAGAAGCGUAUCCUUCUAACCUCACUUAUGAGUGGUGGAAACAAGGACAAAACGUGUAUCACAUUGAAAUUUUGAAAUCACGGGUUAAAAUCCUGGUAGAUGGGACUCUGCUGAUUUCAGCUCUUAUCCCUGAGGAUUCUGGGAAUUAUACAUGCAGACCGACCAAUGGUCUGAUGACUCCACCCGCUGCGUCUGCCUACCUCACAGUUAAACAUCCUGCACGAGUGGUCCGGAUGCCCCGUGAGACGUAUCUACCCAUGGGAAUGGGGGGGGAAAUCCCAUGCCCAGUUCAAGCCGAGCCCCCUAUGCUGUAUGUUAACUGGACCAAAGAUGGAGCGUCCUUGAAUCUGGAGCAGUAUCCAGGAUGGAUGGUCAACUCAGAGGGAUCCGUGUUCAUUACUGCUGCCAAUGAUGAUGCAGUGGGCAUGUACACCUGUACAGCCUAUAACAGUUACGGGACCAUGGGCCAAUCAGAGCCUACCAAAGUCAUCCUGAAGGACCCCCCUUCAUUUCGUGUCUCACCCCGUGCCGAGUACCUACAAGAAGUCGGCAGGGAGCUGGUGAUACCCUGCCAAUCUCAGGGAGACCCCUCCCCCAACAUCACAUGGAUUAAAGUUGGCCCUGCUCCACGCUCUCCAUUUACAGUGCUGUCCAAUGGCUCUCUGGUCCUGCGCCCACUCAGUAAAGACCACCAGGGCACAUGGGAGUGUCUUGCUAGCAACCGUGUGGCCACCGUCAGUGUUGCAACAACAAUUUUAGUGCUUGGCACAAGUCCCCAUGCUGUGAUAUCUGUGUCUGUGGAUCCAGGGAUUGGACAGGCCAAUGUGUCCUGGGAAGCGGGCUUUGAUGGAGGAUACACACAGAGAUUUACUGUUUGGGUAAAGCCCACUGUUAGAGGCAAACACGAGUGGGCAUCAAUUCCUGUGCCAACAUCCAAAACCUUCCUGCUGGUUACAAGUCUGCAGCCUGCCACUAGUUACCAGUUCAGUGUUCUUGCCCAAAACAAGUUGGGUUCUGGCCCCUUCAGUGAGAUUGUCACCAUUAGGACAUUGGCACCUCCAACAGAAUCUCCUACUGUGUUAACCACCAUCCCAGUGUUGUCUCCUCCCAUAUUGCUGUCAGCCAAUCGUACGUCACUGGGCGUGUUGUUGCAGUGGGUCCCGCCUCUAGAAGAGUCAUUAACUUCCUUUGCACUUCAAGCAAAGAGGGGAAAGGGGGAAUGGGUCACUAUAGACCGAGAUAUUGCUGUCAACAUGACUGAACUGAUCGUAAAGGGACUUGUAAAGGACUCAAAGUAUGAGUUGCGUCUUCUGUCUUGCCAAGACAAGCUGGUCAGCGUCCCAAGUGACUCGGUUCUCAUCUCUACUGAAGGUAUGGAGAUGUAUCCAGCAGCACCCAGUCUCCUGGCCUUUGUUCCUGAGCCCCUGCUGGCUGGUGUGAUUGGGGGCGUGUGUUUUCUGUUUGUGGCCAUCAUCCUCUCCCUGGUGACAGCUUGUGUUAUGAACAGUAAAAGAAGACAACGACGAAGGAAAAAAAGAGAUGAUAUCCCCUCUGCCUUCCAGAAGAAAUCAUCUCCAGAAGCUAACUCGCCUUCUGACAGUCCAGACAGUUUGCUAAAGCUAAAGCUGUGCCCUCCAUUAAACUUCUUCCCCAACUCGUCCUCCUCCGAUCGCUCAGACCGUUCCUCGUUUGAUAAAGCCAGUCGUAGUGAGUACCAGGAUCAAAAGAAGCAGCUUCUGUCCUCAUCAUCUCCACCUCCACACUACACCCAGUUUGAGAGCCACUUUGGGGGAACUCCAUCGCCCACCCCUGCUAUUGAAUCCAUAUCAAGAAGUCCUGAUGGCCGCUUCAUUAUCCAACCUGACCUAGAAAACUUCAAAAAGAACCUCAAGAAAGAGUUCCCACAGUCGCCUAGUAGAGGCAGUGGUAGAGGCAGCAGCAAUGGAUCUUUUAGAGAAUCCAACCAAUCAAAUUCUGUUCGAUCAGAAAGAAACGGACCACCACAGAUGCCCUCAGCAUUAACAGUGGAUCAUCCACAGUUAGAAAGACCCCCUCACUCUCCUGGAAGAGUGAGGGCAAUGGCUAGAAAUUUCUCCCGUCAUGGGUGUUUCUACUCUGAUGAUGAGCACGGUGGCUCUGAAGCCUUAUUGGAAAGGGCCAGCUUUUAUUCUGACUGUAGUGAAAAGAAACCAAGUGACUCGCUAAAAAAAUACCGGAGUGCCAGUCAUAGGGAGGACAUAUUCCCGAGCUUAACCAGGAGAACCAGAGAGAGAGAGAGGAUGCUCCAGCAGGCACAAUACCAGCCUAUUAAUGGAGACAGCCACCUGACAGAGCCCAGCACUAUGAUAACUCAACUGGAUGGAGAAAGAGAGAGGGACAACUUAAGCAAAUGUUUAAAGCUAGCAAAGGAACGUGAGCAAAUGGAGAAGGAGCUAGAACACUACACAGCAAGUCGAAGAGUACAGGCACAUGAGCGUGAAGAGAGGCGGGCCAAAUCUGCAAGUCCCUUAAGAAAAUGGACUGGUGUUGAAGUUCAAGACCCAAUUUGGAAGCCUCAAGACAUCCAAUUACGACAAAAAUCACGACCCAGCAGCUUGGCUCAGCAUGUAGCGGAUAAUAGGAGAGGCUGUUAUUUUGGCAACACCAGUAGUCCCAUGGAAAGACAUCCCUCCUCUUCUUCAUCAUAUAUCCAGUGGGAUAUAAGCCCUGUGACAUCCCCUACCAGCCUGGUGCCAGUGCAAAGCCUUUCUGAAGGAAACACACCUCACUCGCUCUACCCAAACAUACGUCAACAAGCCAUUGCCAAUGUAGAAGGUUUAUCAGCAACAAGCAUAUCUCAAUCACCAGCUACACAAUAUACCUCUCUUUCAAUUUUGACUCCAAAUAGGGAACCAUCUCCCAGUAGACCAAGCCUACACGAGGCACAAGCUAGAUACUCGGAGAGUCACCUGGAGGAGGAGCUGCCCAAUAGGACUUUAGUUGAGGAAAGUUGGUUGGCCAAAAGGAAAAUAGAAAAAGAGACUUCACCAUUUAGAUCCAAAUCCCCUGCUCACUUGAGUCCUCAACCAUCUGAGCUGCACCAAGUGUUGGAAGGAGCUGCCAGGGAUGCUAAUUCACAUGACCUUGAUCCCAGGACCCAAAACAUUAUAGAUACAGAGGAAGAAAGAGUUGUUCAAAAAGACGGACUACUGAGUCGUAAUCCAUCAGGCUGCUCUACGUUGCCCUACGAUCAUAAGAGGGGAGCAAAGGGAAAAGUGAUUGAUGAUUCAAUCUCCAUAUUGCCUUAUAAUGAACAAGAAAAAGAAGGUAUCAGGGCCCGAUCCCGAAAGAGUGACAAAUGUGUCUUGACUGAAAGUCCUAGUCGAAUAUCACCUCUGACCCUGUUAGAAAAUGAGGCAGAAAGCGAUCAGUCCAAUUUCUCGAGAAUGUCUGAAUCAAUGAAAGCUAAGCUUGCUCCCCAACCAGCAAGAAUGUCCCCACUGCAGACCAGCACUAUCCUGGAGUACCUUAGUCUUCCAGGUUUCAUUGAAAUGAGUGUAGAUGAUCCAGUAGAAGUGACCGAGCCUUCAGAAUCUGUUGAACCCAAUGUUGAGCUAGAAAGUGGGACAAUGUUGAGAGUUGAGCCUGACGUUGUACCCAAAAGUUGGGAAAAACAUAGUCAGGAUCUCUCUGGGACCAAUGGAGCGGUCCAUGACCAUGGCACACCAAAUGUUUCCAUGGAAAAACCUAAACCUGAGGACAUCUCAGAACCACUUCCACAAUUAGAAGCCAGAGAUAAAAGUGUUAAAUCGGGAACCUCAGAAAACAAAAAUAAACGUUUUCCACCAUCAAAAGAAAAGAAUAAGAGUUCUGAGCCUUUGCUUUCUCAUAGUUCAGGAGCUCAACGAGAACAAUUUAUUCAGCAUGGUCCAGCACAGACAUUAAUAAACACAGCUAAAAGCAUGGCAGCAAUAGUUUCCAAAUGCCCAGACUUUAUUUCUCAACAAUAUCAAAGACCUCAGAUUCAGGGUGACAGUACCAACAUGAUAUCCUCACCAAUCUAUCAGGUUCCUGUUCCUUUCAUGAAGAAAUCAGUCAGUAUUGGUCCUUGUAGGACUCUCUCCGGAGCUGGGCAACCUCGUCCUUUUCUUAGGAAGUCCAUUAGUUUAGGAUCAAGAUAUGAACAUUCAGAACAUCCACGACCUUAUAUCUCUGAGGCGUGCUACAGAGAUCAAUUUCCCAACCCAGAUAUAAGGCUCAAAUCAUAUAGUUUGGGUCGUACUCCUGCACAUUACUAUCCCAUAUCUGGCCCAUCGUGGCGUGGUUCAGUGCCCUUUCAACCUCCUCACAGCUACAGUUUAGAAAGGCAUCAUAUUGAGAGAUCUGGAAUGACACCACCUUACCAAACAACCUUUGUUCCAAAUCCUCCACGACAGACGGAACCACCACUUCCUUCUAGGCGGGAGUCAGAUCCACGUCGACAGGCAGCAGUCUUUCCAGAUUCCUCUAGGUGGCCUCUGUCUUAUCAGGAAACACUCAGGUCAGUUCAGCACAAGUAUGUACCACGUGACCCUCCUAGACCUUUUGGUCCAACCAGAUCACUGGCCAGAGUGGAUUACAUGCAUCCCGCGGAGCCCAGAAGAUGCCCAACAAGACCUUUCCUUCCUAGAGGCUACAGCUGGCCAUCACCAUACCAUCCAAGCUUUCCCUUAAGAGAGCAUGACUUUCCAAGGGAGCUGGACAAAGGGAUGGGUGCAGUUCGUGGCUGUGCAGAGACUGAGAGGGAUGGGGGAAGAGCCAGUUAUGCCAGCCAGAGCAGUGGAAGGGGUAGUGUAGGACCCUAUGGACAUCUUCGCCAGUCUCUGUCCAUCACCCCAACCUUACUCAGCUCGCCAGAGACCACAGAGGAGAGCGAGAGGCACAGGGCAGAUAAAGACAUAAGAGAACGGAGAUCCAAAAGAAGGAAUACUUCAGUAGAUGAGAGUUACGAAUGGGAUGCUGUGGAGUACUCUAUGGAUCACGACGUCCUGGAGGCCAUGAAGGUGGAGCGGCCCCAUGCAGGCUUUGGGAGAGGCAGGGGCUUCAGGCCAGAGCGUCCCCGCUCCACUGCUGGCCUCCAGGACCUCCAGAGCAAACGCCUGUACUCCAUGAGCCCUCCUUUAGUAUCCCAGCCUCCUCAACACCGGUACAGUCGUUCCCUCAGUGAGGCGCGCUUCAAUGCCCUGCGUCAGGAGUUUCAGGAGUACCGCAGAGCCCAGGCAUCCUGCACCCAAGACCCCUGCAUCCUCCCUGACCCCGACUCUGACUCCAGCUCCGCACUGCUCUGACAUCCUUACCCUGAACAUCCCAAUGAAGAAGAUGAAUUAGAUUUAGAUACAAACCCUGAGUGUUCAGAUCAUGAGAAAGCAAAGGAUCCAGACUCUGAUAUCCAGGAGCAGCUUUGAUGGAUCUUUAUCCCUGAAGCUGAAUGAAGAGAUCUGUAAAGGUGUGUUCAGUUCCUGCUAACUGUUAUAAACUUGAAAACAUGUACAUUACCUGGAAUGUAGCUCUUGUAUUUUUGUCUUUUGACCUGUUGUCAACAGUACCAGAUUGCACUUCUGUUUGUCUAGACUAAAACACAAGGAUACGGCAAACAAACAAUUAGAAGUAUGAUUGUUUUUAUACUGGUUUAGUAAAUUAAAUUGACCUCCAUUGUGGAUAAUUGUAACAUUUUCUAAUAAGCUGAACCAAAACAACAGGAGAGCAUAACAUCUGCUUUGACAAUCAGACACUGCAGCCAAGAAAAUCCAUAUUCAGGGGUGGAUUUAACCAAUGGCCGCUUAGGGGCCUAGGAAUUCUGAGGACCCCGAAAUAAAUACCUAGAAGUAUAAAUGAUGCCUAUAAAUUAUAUAUAACAUUGUUUUCCAUCAUACUUUGUAUGGCGAGGGUUUAAAAAUUGUCAUUUGAAAUGUUUCAAACGUGUCCUCCACCUUCAAUCAUAGAAAUGGCUCAUUAUUUUUGUGAAUUCACCUUAAGACAACAAAUCGUUGUUAACCCUAACCCUA